AUGUGUGCCUUUGGCUCUGUACAGGGGCGGCUGGCGGCGGCGCGAGCGGUCAUCCUGCUCGCGCUGGGCGCGAUGUGGUUUGGCGGCAUGAGUCUGUCGCUGGUGGCGGCGACGGCCGCCGUGGCGUACCUACUGUGGUCCUCGAACCGCCCACUCCCGGCGCUGGUCUUUACGGUCGCGUUCCCGCUGCUUGCAGUGGCCCUGGCCGGGAGCGGCGGUGAGCUGGGCGAGCUCGGCGCGCUGCCGCAUGCCAGCAACGCGUCAGUAGGCGCCGUACCGGGCCCGCGCGGAGCGCCUGUGCGCGAGUUUGAUCCUAAGAAUAACGCGCUGACGGAAGCGUUGGCUCCGGCGCUGGCGGCGUCGGCGGCGUCGGCCGUCUCGACCGUUCAGCUGGAAGAGGCGCUGACCAUGCUUGCGGCGCCGGGGAUGACGGCCGGGCGCGCCCCGCGGGCCGACGUCGAAAUCAUGCAGGCGAGCGCGAAGGACCGGCUGGUGGCGCUAGGUAUGGCAGGCGUUCGGGCGCUUGCUAGCAAGGCUUCCCAGCGGUUGGAUGGUCCAGUCGCGCGCGACGCGCUGGUGGCAGUGGUGCAGGACGCGGUGGUGGCUGGCGAAGGCGUGCUCGACAAAGGCACGGCGGCCAAGGUGGCGGCGUGGCCGGCGGCGCUCAAGUGGGGGCGUGUGGCGGCCCAUGCUGGGCUCCCGCGGGCGGCCUUUGACCGUAGCUGCGCCACGCUCAUGAUCCGCGAUCUGCAUCUAGCGUCUGCUCUGGCGCAGGCCGGCAUCAGCGUGGUGGCGGACAGCGCACCGAGCCGGGAUGCAUUGCUGGAAACUGUCAAGGCGGCUGGUCUUGCGCUCGAUGAUGCCGAUGUGGCCCUGCUUGGAUCGGUUGUCUACCGCGAGGCCGAGUCGCGGACUGGUGGCGACCACACAGCACUCGAUGCGGUGCCGCGGUACUUUAUGGCUGACAUUGUCAACGAUCUCGCCACUGCCGGCGAGAGUACGGCAGCGCUGGCGGCGGUCAUUGACGGAGCAUACAGCGAGGCGCCGCAAGGAGUGGUGUCGGAAGCCGAGUUUACGGCGGCGCUGGCGGCAGCGACUGCGGACGCGCCUGCACUCAUCCCGCAGCUGCUCAAGGCUGUCUCGAGUGUUAUCUUUGACAUGGGCCAGCCUGGGGCCGGCUUUCGGUACUCGUCGCAUGGCGCGCUUGAGUUUCUCUUUGUCGAGAUGGAUCUCUCGGGCGACGGCCUGGUCACUCUCCGCGAAGUGGUGUAUUUUCUGGACUCGCUCCGCGGGCUUCACGACUCGCCGCUUGAUCUUGUGCUGGAGCUUGUACGUGCAGCGUGGAAGUCGCCGCGCGACCUUGCUAGCCUUGUCAUUCCGCUCCAGCGGCGUGGCCUGUUCACCGCCGUCGAGACCGACGCAUACUACGACGAGGUGGUGCGGCGAGGAGACAGCUCGAAGGGCGCGACAGCACCGGCCGGACAGCCGACUCCCGUUUCGCCUGCCUCAGCCAAAGAAGAUUACCUCAACGGCGCGGCAGUGCUGGCAUUUGCUGGACGGCCCGAAGCGGUGCUCACAGCAGCUGGCGACGAGUGCGCUGGUGCUGAGGAUGACGACGACGACGGCAUUGUGUGCUCGCGAUGUGGCGAGGGCGCGACCGAGCUGGUGGUCCACUUUUCGGGCUCGCCGCCAUGGAACGCGGCGCUAACCAAGGAUGGCUCGCUCUACCUCUGGCUGUUCAACAUCACGGCGUCGCCGCAUCGGGUGGCAGUGACCGAGGACGGCGAGUACGGCAUGUUCAACCAGACCGGCGUCUCGCUGCUCCACUUUACGCAGCCGACGUCGAGCCUCCUUCUUGCGUCGGAGCGGAUCUUCACCGACUCGCACUGUACCGGUUUCGUGCGAGGCAAGGUGACCGUGGUCCGGCACGCGGCGCCGCGGUGGCGGGCGGAGCCACGGGUCGGCGCCGUGUGCGUCGGCGAUCCUCUGGCCAUCUACGUCGACGGCAAUCCACCGUUUACUCUUGGCAAAGUGGCCGCCGACGGUAGUGCUGAGGCGGUCUCGCUGCCGGCAAACGCGAGCUCGCAUGCGGUGGACACCUCGCAGCCCGGCGUCAUCCGGUACGAGUGGCUCGCUGAUGCGCACUGCAACUCGAGUGCUUCAGCGCUUGUGUUCGAGGCCAUCGAGCCACCGAGCGUUCGUGUUGUAGGCUCGCCGAGCCGGUCGGUCUGCCCGCUGCCAUCAGGCGGGGCGCCAGCGUCGAUUGCGCUCUCAUUCACAGGCACACCGCCGUUCCACCUGAGCUACACGACGCAGGCGGCUGGUGACCAACACGCGCGGCUGGCAAGCGUCACUGUCCCGUCUCACUCGUACACACUUCAGGCACAGCCUGGAGUGGUCCAGCUGCUGGAGCUGCGCGACGCAUCUCAGGCGCAGUGCAGCGGAAGCAUCGACGGUGGCGAUACGGUGGCGAUCGAGGCGCUGCCAGUGCCUUCGGCAGAGAUGUGGGGCGAGCUCGACGACGGGCGGGUACUGGACUGCGGCGAGCGAGCGGUGCUUGCCGAGGGCGCGAGCGUCGACGCUGUUGUCUCGCUCAUGGGCACACCGCCGUUUCGUGUGGAGCUCGACGACGGGCGGGUGUUUGACGGCAUCGAGAGCGACGAACUGCGGUUCAAACUGGAGCACUCGAGCCGGGUCUGCGUCCGCGCGGUGGGUGACGGGCUCUGCCCGCACGGGACGGUGACGGGAUGCGUGACGCUGAGUCUGCAGCCCAAGCCGCGGGCAUGGCUGGAGCUUCCGCCGCCGUCCGUGGGCGUGCCGCGGAUUUUGCUGACCGAUGCCGAUGUGGCUGGCUACUGUGCGUUUGCGCCGGUUGCGUCGCUCGGAGACGGCGAGCGCGCGCUCUUCCUCCCGACGGGCGAGUCGCCGGAGCGGGAGCCGACAGCCACGGUUGCGGGCGUGUUCUACGAAGCAAGCGCGGUAGACGACGGAAGUGAGCUGAUGAGGUGUGUGGCGCGGAAGCGGGCCAACAUGCCGGCGCUCUGCGUGCCAGCGUCGACGUACGCCGGCAUCGAUGACGACGGAGAGUGGCCGCCGCGUGAGUCGCUGGCAGGCAUGAGCUUCCCCAAGGCAGGCAUUGUGCGUGUGUGCUCGGGUGCGUCUGCGAUGCGCGUGCAUCUACAGGGCACGCCGCCAUUUACGCUCCGGUACACGAUCAACGGCGAGAGCGUUGUGGAGCGCGGGCUCCGGAGCCGGAUUCACAGCAUCCCAGUGACAAGCGUCGCUCAAGUCGAGCUUGUCUCUGUAGUCGACGCCAACUUUGAGGGCACAGUCGACGCGACGCCGCUGCGGAUUCUGCUGGCAGAGCGUCCGCAGGUGAGCCUCUCCGCGGUGGGCGACGGUGGACAAAUAUGCCCGGGCGACAAGGUGACAAUUGCGAUCGAGCUUGGCGCAUCUGCGGUCCUGCCUACGCUGAUCAAGGUCCGCAACCGGGCGAACCCGUCAUGGAGGCACACGGCGCUUGUGUCAGAGAGGCGGACGGAGAUUGCGGUGGAGAGUACAGGCAGCUACUACGUAGAGCAGGUGCUCGAUGGGGUAUGCUUUGGCGACCCGUCAGGCUCUGUGGAGGUGGCUUACCUAGAGCGCCCGGCGGUGCGUGUGUCGGGCGGCGGUGCGCUCUGCCCGGGCGCGGCCGGAGUUGUUCGGCUCGACGCAUCGGGCAUCGGCCCGUGGCAGCUGGAGCACUGGUUCCUCCCCGCCGGCGCAGCGAGCGGGGCUGCGGUGGUGAACAAGCUGACGCUCAAGACAUCGCCGCACCUCAUCGAGGUGCAUGAGGAGGGCCGGCACUGGGUGGAGGCUGUCACGGACUCGCGAUGCAGCGGGAGUGCAUCCGGGACUGCCGAGGUUGUGCUCCGGCCGGUGCCGUCUGCCAUUGUGGCACAGCUCUCUGUGUGCGUCGACGACGUGAUCAACGUGGUUCUGGAGGGGAGUCCGCCGUUCCAGCUCGGAUACACGCUGGGCAGCAGUGAGGAGGUCCGCGAGCAGGUGGCGGGCCACGAGCACGUUGUCGUGCCGCGGUCAGCGGGAGAGUUUGGCCUGCAGUGGGUGGCCGACGCGUACUGCGCGUCCGAGCCCGGCACGCUGGCAGAGGCGAGCGUGGUGGUCGACGCGCGGCCGCGUGCGGUGCUCCUCAGCGAAGCUGAAGGUGGAGUCGGGUCGGGCCAGCUCUGCGCGGCCGGGCCGACCCACAACGUGGUCUCGCUUGUGGUGGAGCUUGAGGGUGUGGCGCCGUUUAAGCUUGUGUACAAGCGGCGCGGCGAGUCUGAGCUGCGGACGUCAAUUGCGACUGGGGUGCGGCACCUGAUCCAGGUUGCCGAGCCCGGGGUGUACGAGUUGCUGGAGGUGCACGACUCGCUGUGCGGACGCGGCGAGGCGCAUGGGAUGGUGAGCGUGGAGACGUUGCCGAUGCCGCGGGCGCAACUCUCGGGCGGUGAGUACGUGGUGUGUUCGGGCGACUCGGCCGACAUCCGAAUCGAUACCCAGGGCAACGGGCCAUGGCGGGUGGCGUACACCGACGGUGAUGAGGUGUGGCGGGUGGAGAUGGACGAGCCGAGCCGCGUGCUGGAGGUCUCGAAGGAGGGCCGGUACGAGCUGCUUGGCGUCGGCGACGCGCACUGCGCGUACUGUGUCGACGAGGCCGCGGCUUGGUGCACCGAGUUUAUCGUUGCCAAAAGCCAAGAGUAA